AGGGGCGGGGCUUGUGGACCUGCAAACACAAGUUUGGGCGAGGCGGGCACUGCAAGUUCCGGAUCGGGAGAGUGGCAGAAAACGGUGUCAGCGCCAUGGAAAGCGGUGGAGGUGCCUACGGAGCGGCCAAGGCAGGUGGCACGUUUGACCCGUGGCGCUUCUUGCAACAGCCGCAGGUCAUUGUGCGCAUUCUGAGUGCGAUAUUUGCACUCAUAGUAUUCUCCUGUAUCAUUGGUGAGGGCUACACCAACAAGCAUACGUCAGACGACCUCUACUGCAUCUUUAACCACAGUGAGGGUGCCUGUCAUUAUGGCAUCAGCAUUGGUGUGAUUGCCUUUCUAGCCUGUGUAUUCUUCUUGACAGCUGAUAUCUACUUCCCACAGAUCAGCAAUGCCACUGACCGCAAGUACCUCGUUAUGGCUGAUCUGGGCUUCUCAGCUCUCUGGACCUUUCUGUGGUUUAUCGGGUUCUGUGUGUUGACAAACCAAUGGGCAUCAAUGGUGUCUGAAGAUGUAACUACUGGAGCCGAUUCUGCUCGUGCUUCAAUUGCCUUCAGCUUCUUUUCCAUUUUCUCAUGGGGGCUCCUGAUCACCUUUGCACUUCAGCGCUACCGCAUGGGUGUGCAAGAUUUUGACCACAGUUAUGUUGACCCAGCUCCGGGUCCUGCAUCCCCGUACUCCAGUUACCCCAAUGUCAGUCAUGAGAGCUACCAGCAGCCACCUUUCACUCGCACUGUAGAUGACUCUGAGGGCUACCAACCUCCACCUGUGUACUGACUGUUACUAGCACUGUUUAAAGUAGCUCACAGAGAUAGCCACAUAAGUGCAAUUGAUUCACUGCUUGGUAGGGGAAAGGCAUUUACUGUGAAGAGUAAGAAUGCCACAGCUUACUGCAUGUGUGUGCACGCGUGUUGGGUUCUGGGGUAUUCUUGCUGUUCUGUACCUUUUCUGAAAGCUGCUUCUUGCAGAAAAUGCUUUGUUCCAUUCAAGGGUGUGAGAGGCUUUCUUUCUGGCCUGUGUGAAUUGUAAGGCAUAAUAGUUGCUGAAUCCAUGCAGAGGAAUUCUUUGUUAGGAGGUGAAUAAUGUUUCAGCUAUCACUGGCUCUAACAGGAGCCAGAGUUUUGCCCAGCAGUGAGGCAAAUGUUACUUUGCUUUCUACUAUGGGACCCUUGCUGCUGGAGGUCAAGUACUUUUUGCCAGGUGCCAUGGUAUCCUUUACUCAUUUUUGCUGUGCUCCAGGCCCUGAAUGGGGCUUAGUUCCCAUGGCUCCUAUGGUGCUGCCUUUCUAGAUUGGGUAACGCAGGUGCAGUGCCUUCUUUAUUGCUUUUCAGCUGCUGCUGGAUGGACCUGAUGCCAAAGCCUAGGCCUAAAGACCAUCUCCUUUCUUUGAAAAUGUGUAUAUAAUGUGUUAAACUUGCUUAUUGUGUUACUGAGAGAAGAUGGGUUUUCCUGUGUGCCUUUUCUGUUUCUCUCCCCCAAUUCAAUCCUGGUUCUAAAUGGGAGGAACUUCGAUCCUAUUCACAUAAGAUAUACCAAUAGUGGUCUGCAAGUACUGAUGCUGGCAAAAAAAAAGUAUUGCCAAGGGCAUGGUACCACUCCCUAAUCCUCUGUUGGGUGGGAAACCCACUUGCACAAAGCUUACAUUGCCAACCUUUCUUGGGCAGGUAACAAGCCUUUCAGGGAAAGCUGUAUCUUCAUAGGUUGCUGUUUUUCACCUAUACCUGUUGUGAGGAAAAAACAGGAUACAAGACCACAUGGGGAAGCUGUGUGAGGAUCUCAAAGUGUUUUAAAUCUAUAUCAUGGCAGAAAUAAACCUCAUCACUCCCACCA